AUGCCGAGCAAAACACCCCAUAGCAACGGCAACGAGCCUGUCGAGAACGGCAUCCGGAACAACCAGGACGUCGAGAUGAAGGAUGACUCGUCUUCAUUAAAGGGAAAGGGCAAGAAGGGUGCCAAGGAUGGUGAUGACGAGAUGACCGUGGUCGUGCCUCCUUCCAAAGCCUCCAAGCAGUCAUCCAAGCCUCCUUCCAAGGACGCUGAUGCCGAUGUCGCCAUGGAGGACUCUGACGAGCUUGCUGAGGGCGAGGUCAAGGUCGACCCUGUUGUCCAGACUGUGUCUGACAUCAAGAGCAAUUUCGCCCUCCUAGAUCGCGCCAUCGCUCUCUUCGAUGCUCGAUUCUCCCUGCGCGCCCUGCGCUCGAUUUCAUCUAUCCGCAAGCGCCUCACACCCGAUAUCCUCGCCCAGGUCAUCACCGAGACGUUCCCUGCAAAUGCUGCCUCCAGCGCCACUGCGAAGCACUUGCUCGCCGCCAUCGGCAAGGAAGGUUUGCCAUUGGGCCGCCAGCCUGGCCCCGAGGUGGAGGUCGACUCGGAAGCCAAGGCACCGGCCAAGAACGGCAACAAGAAGGAGAACAAGGAGAUCAUUCCCGAGGUCGACCUCUUCCUCGGCAUCCUCAUCCAGGUCUACCUUUUCGACUCGAAGCAGUUCCAGCGCGGCGCCGACUUCUCAAAAUACCUGUCUGAGCGUAUUCACUCCCUCAACCGCAGGACGCUUGAUUCGCUCGCUGCCAAGGUCUACUUCUACUACUCUCUCUUCUGCGAGAACGUCGCGCCCCUGCCCCCAUCACCACAGUCGCCAAUCGUCUCGAUCCGCCCGACCCUGCUUGCCGCCCUGCGGACGGCCGUCCUCCGCAAGGAUAUCGACACCCAGGCCUCCGUCAUCGUCCUGCUUCUGCGAAACUACCUCCUGACUUCCCACAUUGCUCAAGCCGACCUCCUCGUCUCACACACCCAGUUCCCCGACAACGCCGCCAACAACCAGGUCGCCCGCUUCCUGUACUACCUUGGCCGCAUCCGCGCCAUCCAGCUUCGCUACACCGAGGCCCACGAGCACCUGACCGCCGCCACCCGCAAGGCGCCCUCAAGUGCAUGCGCCGUUGGUUUCUCGCAGACGGCCACAAAGCUCCUGAUGGUGGUCGAGCUACUGAUGGGUGACAUUCCUGACCGUGCGACUUUCCGCAUGCCGACGAUGGAGCAGGCUCUGCACCCGUACUUCCUCCUGGUGCAGGCUGUGCGCAUUGGCAACCUCGAGGACUUUGAGACCACUAUCGCCGACAAUGCCGAUGUUUUCCGCAAGGACGGCACCUACACGCUGAUCCUGCGCCUGCGGCAAAACGUCAUCAAGACUGGCAUCCGCAUGAUGUCGCUGUCCUACAGCCGCAUCUCCCUGCGUGACAUCUGCAUCCGCCUGCAGCUCGGUAGCGAGGAGUCGGCUGAGUACAUCGUUGCCAAAGCCAUCCGCGACGGUGUCAUCGAGGCGACUCUUGACCGCGAGCGUGGCUUCAUGAAGAGCAAGGAGAUUGGUGAUGUCUAUGCGACGAGAGAGCCUGGCGAGGCCUUCCACGACCGCAUCAGGGCUUGUCUCGCUCUCCACGAUGAGAGUGUGAAGGAGGCUGACAACACUGGUAUCGUACAGGCUAUGCGCUUCCCCAUGAAUCAGCACCGUCUCGAGCUCAAAAAUGCACAGGAAGCCCGCGAGCGGGAGCGGGAGAUGGCCAAGGAGAUACAAGAGGGCGACCUGGACGAGGACGAUCUGGGCGGCGACUUUGAGGGCAUGUAA